GCGGCUCAAAUCUCGGCGAAGGAACGGGUCACGCUCUGUGUGUGUGCAUCAUGUGCAUGUGUGUGAGUGACGUAAGCAAGCGCGGCAGUUUCGUUGCUACCAGACAGACAAAGCUACUACUGCUAUUCGAGAGUGGCUUCUAACGCUAUAAAGCAUAACUUGUGUUUGGGAGGAAUAAGCGGGGGCCGACCAUGGCACUCCAAAACGAAGCGGAUUUACCACCCAGUUUAACAUGUCUCAAAAAUGUGGAUACCCUGCUCCGGUGUCCAAUUUGCUUUGAUUUUGUCAGCAUUGCAAUGAUGACAAAAUGCUCUCAUAAUUUUUGUUCCUUGUGCAUCAGAAAAUUUCUAUCCUACAAGUUGCAAUGCCCAGUUUGCAAUUCAUCUACAACCGAGCAGGACCUUAGAAACAACCGCAUAUUGGAUGACCUCGUCACAAGCUUCCAAUCGACCAGACUGGAGCUGUCAAAAGUAAGCUUUGACUCGCCGCCGCAAUCGCCCCCAACCUCGGCCGUACGAUGCAGCACUCCCAGGGCCAGGGGCCCGGCACGUGACGGUUCCAUCCUGAGUCAUUUCAUCCAGAAGGGACUCAAAGCGUCCCCCUCUACGACCACCCAACAAGGAGAAAGCACUCCUCGCGUCUCCCGCACGAGAAUACAGGCCAGACUCGCCCGGGCCUCGAGUCAAGCAGAGCUCCCCUUAACAAACACUUCUCUUGGAGUGGCGAUAAAGGAAGAGAUUAAGGAGGAAGAGAUAGGGUUGGAGGUGACGAGAAGGAUGGAGGUUUCACCUUCGGUCGCUCAAGCACCCACCGCCUCUUCCUUGGCAGCAGAAGAGGAUGUAAAGCCGGUGAUCAAAGUCGAUUGCCCCGUGUGCUCGGUGGGCAUCCCCCAGCAGAUGAUCAACAAGCACCUGGACUCCUGCCUGACCCGCGGGGAGAAGAAGGAGAGCCUGAGGAGCUCGCUGGUAGCCAACAGGAAGCCGAUGGGUAAGCUGGUGUACCACCUGCUGUCGCUGCAGGACCUGAGGAGAAGGCUCCGGGACUGCCACCUGCCCACACAGGGCCAACGGGACCAUCUAGUCAGGAGGCACCAGGACUUUGUGCACAUCUACAACGCCCAGUGCGACUCCCUGAGUCCCAAAUCAGUUGAGGACAUCGCCAAAGAAGUGCAGGGCAAUGAGAAGAUGAGGAACCAGCUGCAGGGAAAGGCCAAGCCUGUCUUGGUCUUCUCGAAGUAUCAGUCUGAGGAGGAGAUCGACGAGGUGCAUUCUAGUUACAGCAAGUUCGGGGGUGUGAGCCGUUCCUGGGAGCACUGGAAUAGGCAGCUUCGCCUGUUCCACCGUUGUCAAUCAACACUGAGAUCCUGCUGCCUGCCAGUGAACACACAGGGGGGGACGCCUGUUUAUGGGAUUCUGUCUUCCGAUUGGAUAAAGUGGGAACGUGAUACCUGAAAACGUGUUUUCUGUUUACUCUGAGCAGAGGGUCUUGGAGAAACACAUCACUGACCCAACGCGUUGCAUCAGUGAUUGCUUUCAAAGUAUGGAGCUAGUUAACACUUGUUUCAAUAAAUAUAUAUUUUUAACCUGCUCUCUUGCAUUUGCCAGUUAUAAUAAUGAACGCUGAGCCAUUGGUGUUUAAUACAUUCCUGGAUGUAUUAUUUAUUGUUGAAUGUCUGGUAUUUGCAUUGCAUGGGUUACGGCCGUCUAAACCCCGGUAUUUAUUAAAGGCGUGUGACCGAGGCAAGGUCAGAACCUCAUCAUGUCAAAAUGUUAAUUUGACCAGACAGUUUGUUUCACCGGCGCUGGAGAGAAAACGGUCAGGACCAUCUAACAAAUGUUAAUAUUAAAUGAUGAAGUAAUAAACUGACCAAUUUUCCAAUUGAAAAACAAAUGCCACACAUGCAAUGCGUUCCUAUGAUUGACAUGAACAGAUCCCGGUGUCACGACAACAGGGCUACUACUAGAGAAUGUGAAUGGCAUGGAGAGCUAAUGAAUACCAUGUUACCGAAGAGAGAGCUCACCUAAGCUCACCUUAACUCAAUUUACUUCUGUAAACAGGAGAAUCGCAAGAAUGCCCUGCACCACAAGGCUAUCUUAGCGAGUCAAUGAUUCAUUUCCUCUCACCCAUGUCACUUAUUUGAAGGUUAAGGAAAUGUCUUAACAAAGCCCUGUUUUUGGGAGCCAUAUAAUUGGUCCAUGUUUUAUUUUUAAUGAUCAAUCUGGCUUUCCUCUGCUGAAAGCUCAUAAUCUAUACAAGUCUGCAACUUGAUUGUACGUCUGCGACAGUCUGGGGAUAAAAUGUUAUCCCUUAAGCAAAGUUAUUAAGUUCUGUAUGCAAUGAAAUACAUAGUGCCCUGCAUUUUAUACCUGAGUGGUUUCCCAUCAAGAAACUGCAAACGUCAAAUUAACCAAAUCAGUCAGCAGAAACUUCACAGAGACAUACUUCACAUACACACAAGAUCCUACCACAGUGUCCAUUAUGUUGGCACAAUGCAGUCUAUUAUGCUGAGGAUUUAUGUGUUGCUGUGUUACCUGUAAGCCUAGCUGUUUUUGGUCCUCUCCCUAUAAAAACAGCAGAGCAACCGGUUCUUUCAAUAGACUGAAGUGCUAAAGUGCUUAAUGAUUUUUCUUUUUCCUGUCGGAAAUGAAUAUCGAAUAAUGAAACUGUUGCCUUUUAUGGUCAAUGUUUUAUUUCCCCUGACCUAGAGUUCUGUCAGUUCUUUUUUCUUUCAGUGAAGAAGUUGAAUAGGGUUAAAGGUUUUUUUUAAAGUGGCGCGUUAUAUCGGAUAGACAACACGUCAUCCGGUGUGCUGCUCGUCACUACUUUCCUUAAACUUGGAUUGAAAAAAAGACAAACAUUGCAUAUCAUACUACAUCAUUUUACAUUUUAUUAUAAAGAACGCAAUACAUCACCGUACUUCUGCAAGGGAUACAUAGAUCAGAUAAGAGUAUGGGAAACAAACAUGACUCGAUUAAGCCUAGCGUAAGCCUGUGGUUAUUGGGUUAUGGACAGUCAAGCUGGACCUGCUGUGGUAGAUGACUAGUCCUGUCCAGGUCAAAAGUUUAUCCUGAUGAAAUCAGAAACAGAAGACUCAAAAAGCUUGCGCUUAAAUCCUGUAGAGGGGACGAAAAAGGCAAAGAUACUGCUGCUGAGAAAUAAUGUAGGGUGAUUGGAUUGCAUAUACAGAAACUUCAACAUUUGAGUUAUCUGUCAGAUGAUCAUGCUGGCAUUUUACUAAUCGCCCUUUUUCGAGAUUGUUGUAUAUAUUUAGGGACCUUUUAGCCAGUGUCUGUAUGUUUGGACAAGUUGUACUGCAAAAAAACUGGAUGAGCCAUGUUCUGCAUGUGUUAUACCAAAUUUAAUUUAAUUUAAUUGGUUGGAUGUCCUCUUUACAAUUUUCUGCUUUCAAGCCAAACAACCUCUUCCCUGGCUAUAAAUAUCAUUCAUAUCAAGCUGAAUACAUUAGCAUAUUACCCCGGAACGGGGCAACCCGCUAUCAAGCUUGCAUUACCAUUUAACAAAGGUCGGACAACUGAAUGCAUUUACUUUCAGUUGUCAUUUACAAGUUAGUAUCGUUCGUUGUCGUUUCUUACCAAAGUCCCAACAUGUAAAAGCAUUGAAUGUUGUAUUAUUUGUAUAUUCUAGUCCACAAUAUCAACACGUCUCUAUUGAGAAAUCUCUCGCGUUCAUCUGUGUCCGGCCUUUUGUUGAUCCAUGACUGUGCUGUGAUCUUCAGACGGACAUCUUUAAGCUGCCCACCCCAACCUAACCGCACCCUGUCACCCUGUUCCAGUGAGAGCACGAUGCCCCCUUUUAUACGAUGAAUUCAAGUGACUGCAAUGUGUCAACACCCUCACGAAAAUCCCUUUCCGUGUGAAAAGAUAGAAAAACAAGCGAUCUCUAAAAGCUACGCUGACAAGGCGGGAGAUCUUUUAAUUCAUGGCCUCAGGGACUUAUAGAUAGAUUAUUUGUGGUGCAAGUCCUAGUUUUCGUCAGCUGGUUCUUGUUUAGGUCAUGGGGGACUGAGAAGAGUUCUUUGCAUCCUGUUGCCUUGUUUUGGAUCACAGGUGUACUGUGUAUACAAGGUAUAUAACAAUUGAGCCGACAUGUGUAUUUAGACCCCCUUAUCGCUUAACCUCGCCCGCAUCUG